AUGUUGGGCUUCGACUGGUCCUCCAAGAAGGGUGCAACCUCUGAGGUUUAUGCCCGAGAUGAUUUCGAUCCAGAACUACAGACCCCGGAGAUCUUGGCUCCCCGCGGCGCAGCACCAACGAUCACGAACCAAGAACCGGGUUCCUGGAUCCCGAGAACCCCAGACGGAAGCACACAUGCAAGCAGCCAAGAGGAAAAGACCAUCACCAACCUCGACCAUGGCUGGAGACCCUGGAAAGUCGUGAUCGGGUGUUUCUGCCUGAUUGUUCCUUCCUACGGGCUACUCAGCAGCAUCGGGCUGUUCCAGACUGAGUGGGAGCAACAGCAGCUUCGCGGAUACUCAAAGAGCGACAUUUCAUGGAUCAUCUCCAUCUUCGGAUUUCUCGACUGCUUCUUCGCCGCACCAUGUGGGAUCCUCUACGAUCGCUUUGGGCCGCGCUUACUCUUACUGGUGGGCAGUACAAUCUACGUUGCUUCCUUUAUUGGCUUGGCUUUUUCAACCACUUAUGGUCAGUUCAUAGCCUGCUUCGUAGUCGCGGGCAUAUCAUGCGCUGCCCCCACGACGGUAGGAUUCACCGUCGUCAGUCAGUGGUUCAAGGUACGAGAAGGCCUUGCCACAGGAUGUGUCACAGUCGGCUCUGCAGUUGGGGGAAUGUUCUUCUCACUUGUCCUCCAAGAACUCUUCAACAAAUAUGAGUGGAGGACGGGCGUCCUCAUUCUCACCGGCAUCAUAAUGGCAUUCAUGACCAUUGGGAACCUGCUUGUUGAGAGAAACGAUUCACAACUAACAGGCGCAGAAACUGAAGGGGUUUGGGACUUUACGGCACUCAGGGAGAUGAGCAAGUCUCCGAAAUUCUGGCUAAUUUGCGUUAGCAUUUUCGCAUAUGAAAUGGUUUUGUUCAGCCAGUGGGGAUCGAUUCCCUCAUACGCCGUCUCCACCAACUUCGGCGAUAAACAGUUCUAUCUGAUGAUGACUUACAACAUGUAA